CAUUGCAAUAUUACUAAUUAUAACAUUUUUAGAUAAUAAUAAUAUAUAGACAUGGCAAUGAAAUGGCUGACCCUAGUGCUAACAUUGAUGGUCAUAUUUGAAGGGAAUUUGAUUAUGGCUAAUCUUAUGGAGGUGAAAUGUAUAAAACGUUGCAUGAAAGAUUGCAAAAAAGUUGGCAUUCCCUCUGUUUCCUGCCUCAAAUUCUGUCCACUUCACUGCGUUCCACCACCACCUGUGCUUUCAUCUGAACUCCGCCAUUGCGAUGCUCGAUGCAUUCUUGAUCGUUGUCUUGACUACAAGAAUGAAGAUGAGAAAUUGGAAGGUUGUGCAUCCAAAUGCAAGAACAAUAAAGAUUACUGCUAAGUGUGUUUUACAUCGCAGGAGAUUAAUUAGUACUUCAAUAAUGACGACUAUACUUCAAGUCUUUUGUUUCUGUUAAGUUCUCUUAUAGUAUAAUUUUAAUACAUAAUUAUAAGGUGGAAAAGUACUUAAUAAAAUAAUUAGUUUUUUUU